AUGGCGCAAAUUCGCGGCACUGCGGGCUACAAUCUCGGUCAUCAGAAUCCGUUCCAGGGACCCAGCCGAGCAGAUGCAACGAGUGACCCGAGCCCCUUGGAUGCCAUUCGGCAGCAAACCAGCAAGAUCGAGGAUUGGCUGGACACCGUGUCGGAUCCUAUCAAGCCGUACCUACCAGCCAUUGGACGUUUCUUAAUCGUGGUCACCUUCAUUGAAGACAGUCUGCGGAUCAUUACACAAUGGAGCGACCAACUUCUGUAUCUUCGUGACUACCGGAAAAUUCCCUGGGGUAUCACCCACACCUUCCUGAUCGUGAACGUCAUUGCGAUGUCGAUAUGUUCUUUCCUCGUCGUGGCUCGCAGACACACCGAGAUUGCGGUCGCCGGUUUGUUGGGCGUCGUCGUCACCCAGGGCCUUGGAUACGGACUCAUCUUCGACCUCAACUUCUUCCUGCGGAACCUCAGCGUCGUCGGCGGUCUUCUCAUGGUUCUGUCCGACUCGUGGGUACGCAAGAAGUUUGUGCCCGCCGGACUACCCCAGCUCGAUGAAAAGGACCGCAAGAUGUACGUUCAGUUCGCCGGGCGCGUGCUGUUAAUCUUCCUCUUCGUUGGGUUCGUCUUCUCCGGCCAGUGGACCUUGUGGCGAGUGAUUGUCAGCCUGGUCGGCUUCGUCGCCUGCGUCAUGGUCAUUGUAGGCUUCAAGGCCAAGUGGAGCGCCAUCAUGCUCGUCGUCUUGCUGAGUGUGUUCAAUGUGCUAGUCAACAACUUCUGGACUCUCCACCCUCACCACCCCCACAAAGAUUUCGCCAAGUACGAUUUUUUCCAGAUCUUGUCUAUUGUCGGAGGAUUGCUGCUUUUGAUCAACAUGGGGCCGGGCCAAUUGAGUAUGGAUGAGAAGAAGAAAGUCUACUAA